AUGAUGGAGUCUUCCCCGGCUUCAGCGCCUUCCACGGAAUCAUCUGGCAAGUCGACAAGCUCCAGUCGAGUACCUGGGACUCCGAAACCACCGUUCGAACCACCGCGAAGACGAUCUUCUCUUUUCUUUUCGAAGGUGCUACAGCAUGGCCAGUCUCCAAAAACCCCCGGCGCAAACUCAUCACAGAACAAAGAGGGAAAACCGUCGGGAAUCAGAUCUCCGGUGUCCAACAUAGGCCGCAAGAGGAUGACCUCACCCCGAACUCGAUCAGUGGCAAUGCCAGGUCAUGUUGCACAAAUGCAGAGACUCUUUCAAACGGCGAAGGCAUCCUUGCGACUUGACGUACGUUUUGCUGCUUCACCGACCGGUUCGAUCGACUCGAGAAUGCCAACGAGUCCUGAAAAUGGCAGCAGCAAGGACGCCGAAUCGUCGCACCCGCUCCAGCCAGUAUCAGGGACACCGAAGAAAGAUUGGCGAUAUUCUACAGCCCCCAGGUUAAUAGCUGAAUUUGAUGUCGAUGUGAGAGAACCAUUCCCAGAAGGCUCACCACGACUCCCGGAAUUGCCUUCGAUCGACAUGGAUCACAGUAAAACCUUGGUUGUUGAACCACCAAGCAGUGGCUUCACUUCUCCUGUUGAGAACCCAGCAGCGGCUCAUCAUGAUCUAAACCUCUCUUCACCCCCGGUCCACUUUAAUAAUGUGUCUGAUGAGGAGCCUUCUAUCUCACCAGCCGACUAUGUGUCACCAGCUGAUCUCGAAAGACCGAUGACGAGACUACGAGUGACCGGUGACCACGAAAUGGAUGUUGAUUCUGCAGAGGAAUCUCCAAUCCUCAGUCAUCUCAAAAGGAAAUCUGCCGACGUAUGUGUUGACUUGCAAACCUCGCCAGAUUCCACAGAAGCAAUCACGUUGUCGCCCUCUGCAAAGGCCGCUGCAGACUCAGCCAAACUGAAGCGCGGCAUGCUGAGUGAUCUGUUCCCGAAGCCCCCAACUCACAAGGGAAGUGACGGCGGAGCAUCAUCUUCGAAUUCCAGCAAAAGUGUUGCUACACCCUGUCCGGAUCCUAUGCUUCAUAAUAGAACGCCGAUGGUGCUCUGUCCGGAUCCAGUUAUCCACCUCAGAUGUACUCCCAAUCCUUCAGGUCAACAUCCAACUUCAGCUGUUUAUGGCCCCUCCCAGCAUCAAGUUGGACCGCAUUUAGUACCAUAUCCGCCUAUGCCUUUCAACCGCACUACUGCGACUGGGAGUCCAAUGCCCAUGCUCAGGGUUAAAUCACCACAAUUGGCACAAACAGAUAUGCGACGCCCUUCUCAUGAUACUUCUUAUUCAGGCCCCUCUCUUCUUCAGCCACCUCGACAUCCACGUCGCCCACAUCCGCAGUCGAAUCGUGAGUAUCUGUCCACGGCUACUGAGCAUUUCCAGCCUGGCUGGUACUAUACAAGAGACAGUCCCAAGUCUUCUGCCAGGCCAGGGACAGCAAUGUAUUCAUUCUCCACCGCUGCUGCCAAGGUGAUCGGACAGAGCCCAGCUCCAGAUUCGAUGAUUCGCGACUCCUACAGAACUGACACGCUAACGCCGUCGCUUGCCAAACCUCCAAGCAGGUUCAGAAAACAUGGAGCAGCUGCACUUGCUAACGCCCGAGGUGUUAGCAGAUACUAUGGACGCCCUCUUGGGCCAAGGCCAACGAUCCGACACAGGAACUCAAACCGUACACGCUUUCCAGACGACAUGAGAUUCAGAAGCAGUCCUCCGAGGUCUAUGACAGACUCGCAAGCAACAGGCCUGACACAUCCAAGAAAAAGGUCCGGAGAGCUCGAAACCCCUACCAUUGAUGUUUUAGAGGACGAAACGGCCAAACGAAAUUCGGUCGAUUCAAAGCUUAGACUGGAAGAGGGCGACGAUGUUAUUGAACUUGACGAAGAAACAAGAGCGGCAGUCCGUAUGAGCCUCUACGGCGCGGCAGCACCGGACUCAACGAAUGACAUUGGGAAAAGUCUCAAGGAGCUGAGUCCCAACGUCAUGCAAUGGCGAAAAAGCAAUCGACCACCUUGGAGCAGGAAGAAAAGACGACCAAGUUAUUGGGAUGGCGAUCUCGAAGAAGUCAUGAGGAGUCCAGCUGCCAGGCACGUUCUCAGCUCACCAAUUCGAAAAGACGACGUAAGAUCACAGAAGGGGGAAGUGGGAUAUCAUGGAACCUCCCCAGACAAAGAAAAUCAGAUGACGAUUCAGGACAUUUCGAAGCUAGUCGAGGGAGGUACAAUCCCACAAGAGGAUGUUAUCAUGGAAGGCUGAGGCUACCAAGGGUGAUGUUUGCCAUGCACCGAGGUUCAACGGAAGCCAGAAUUGGAGCAAGUCAAUGACGUUGGCAUGCGUAGACUAUUGCAUGCAUAGUAGACUGACACGCUAUCAACCACACAUGACUGUCAUGCAUCAUGGCCAUAUUGCAGUCACUAGCUUCGAGUCCAUAGGGGUAGCAGAUUAAACCAUU